AGGCAUAUUUUGACAAUGAGCAACGUGGAGCCGGAGGACGCGGGAAUUAUCACAUUUAUAGCAGAAAACGUCACCUGCAGGGCCAAGCUGCUGAUGAUAGAGCAACCCGUGCGGUUUGUGAAGCCGCUCCGGGACAAGGUGGCGAUGGAAAGGCACAGGAUGCUGCUGGAGUGCCAGGUGUCGCGGCCCAGCGCCUCCGUGCGCUGGUUUCACGACGAUGUCGAGCUGGCUGACUCGGAGGCCGCGGGCGACGAGGAGCCGCGCGUGCAGCUGCUGAGUCAGGGCUGCUACCGCCAGCUGCUCAUCAUCAGCGUCGUCAGGAGCGACGAGGGCUUGUACACCUGCGACGCUGGCGCCGACCGCACCUCCGCAAACCUCUUAGUCGAAGCGCAAGAGAUACAGGUGUUGCGGCCGCUGUCCGACGCCGAGGUCACGGAGCCGGAGGGCGCGACGUUCGAGUGUGAGCUCUCCGCUGAUGAGGUGAAGGGCGCCCGCUGGAGUCUCAACGGCGACGAGGCAAACCUGGCCUCUCACGGGGCCCAGACGGAGCAGGAUGGCGCGGUACACCGCCUCGCGCUGCCGUCCACGCGCCACGACAUGGCCGGCACCGUCUGCUUCACCGUCGGAAAGGCUAAGACCAGCGCCCAGCUGAUUGUGCACGAAACGCCAGUAGGAGUGGUGCAAGAGCUGGAGGACAAGACCGUGACAGCAAAUCGCUCCGUGACCUUGCACUGCGAGUUUGGUCGACCGGUGGGGCAGCCCUUCUGGUACUUUGGCAGCAAGCGGAUCGAGGCGUCGGACAGGCACGAGAUGAGGCACGAGGGACCGACGGCCUUGCUGACGAUCCACAAGGUGCGCAGGAGGGACGCGGGGACCUACACGUGCCGCGUCGGCGAGACACGCAGCACCGCCACCAUCGGCGUGAACGAGCGUCAGCUCGGGGUGUUGGGCAAGAUGCGCGACGUGGCCGUGGAGGAGGAAGGCACGGCCGUGUUCGUGUGCGAGCUGUCUCGCGCCGACGUGGAGGACGUCGCUUGGUUCCUCAACGCCUCGCGCCUCGUGUCCAGCGAGCUCAACGAGAUCAAGCGCGAUGGCAGCAGCCACACGCUCGUCCUGCGAAACGUGACGGUGGACGACACCGGGACCAUCGUCUUCACGGCGGAAGACGUGAAGGAGACCGCUCAAUUGCACGUUCGAGAGAAGCCGGUGGUGUUCACGAAACGACUGGAGGCAGUGAGCGGGGAGGAGGGCGGCCAAGCGGCACUGGAGUGCGAGGUGUCCCGGCCCGUGCCACCAAGCGCCAUCGCGUGGAGGAAGGGCCCCCACACGCUGCACCCCAGCGACAAGCACGAGCUGCUGCAGGCUGGCCGCAGCCUGGGCCUGUUCGUGCGUGGCCUUCAGCCAUCCGACAGCGGACAGUACUCCUGCGUCGUGGGCAAUGACACCACCUCCGCUUCUCUGCACGUGCAAGAGCUGAAAGUGACCAUCAUAAAAGCGCUCGAGAAUGUGGAAGCCAAAGAGGGGGAGAGCGCUGCAUUUAAUUGCGAGAUUUCACACGAAGGUAUCUCUGGUUGCCGAUGGCUGUUGAACAAUAAGGAGCUGAAGGCAGGAAACAGGAUAGAGAUGAGCUCCAUGGGCCAGAAGCAUGCCCUUGCCAUGAAGCAGCUGACGGCGAAGGACAGUGGAGAUGUCACGUUCAAGGCCAGAGCUGCCUCUACCAAAGCCAAACUCAGUGUCAUAGAAUCUGGAGUUGUUUUCACCAAACCACUGUCUGACGCCAAUGUCCAGGCAGAGGGUGAAGUGACCCUCUCGUGUGAGACCUCAAAGGCCGGGUCACCAGUGCAGUGGUACCAUGAUGAUCACCUGCUGGAUGGUAGCAACAAGCGGUUCCAUGUGAAGCGAGAUGGAAAGGCAGCCACUCUGAAGAUCAGUCGCGUGGAGCUAACGGACAGCGGGAAGUACGUCUGUGACUCGGGCUUUGAGAAAACCAGUGCCACCUUGACUGUCACAGAGCUCCCAGUUAAAUUUUCCAAGGAAUUGGGAAAACUGUCUAUUGAAGAAGGACACAAGGCUGAGCUGACGUGUGAAACAUCUCGUGGAGACACUCCAGUCGUGUGGCGCAAGGGUGACAAGAUCCUGAAAGCUGGAGCCAAGUAUCGCAUGGUGCGCGAGGGCAGGAAGGCCAGCCUCGUCAUCAGCUCAGUGGAGCUGGGAGACAGUGACCAGUACACGUGCGACUCUGGAAACUUCCAGACGUCAGCAAAGCUCACUGUCACAGAAACUGGAGUUGUUUUCACCAAACCUCUGUCCGAUACCAAAGUCCAGGCAGAGGGUGAAGUGACCCUCUCGUGUGAGACCUCCAAGGCCGGGUCACCAGUGCAGUGGUACUAUGAGGAUCAGCUGCUGGAUGGUAGCGACAAGCGGUUCCAUGUCAAGCGAGAUGGAAAGGAAGCCACGCUGAAGAUCAGUCGCGUGGAGCUCACGGACAGUGGGAAGUACGUCUGUGAUUCAGGCUUCGAGAAAACCAGUGCAACCUUGACCAUCACAGAGCUCCCUGUAAAAUUUUCCAAAGAGCUGGGUGAGUUGUCGGCUGAGGAAGGACGCAAGGCUGAGCUGACGUGUGAAACAUCUCGUGGAGACACUCCUGUCGUGUGGCGCAAGGGCAAGAAGACCCUGAAAGCUGGAGCCAAGUAUCGCAUGGUGCGUGAGGGCAGGAAGGCCAGCCUCGUCAUCAGCUCUGUGGAGCUAGGAGACAGUGACCAGUACACCUGCGACUCUGGAAACUUCCAGACGUCAGCAACGCUCACUGUAACAGAAGCGGGAGUCGUUUUCACCAAAUCUCUCUCGGAUACCAAAGUCCAGGCAGAGGGUGAAGUCACCCUCUCGUGUGAGACCUCCAAGGCCGGGUCACCAGUGCAGUGGUACCACGAGGAUCAGCUGCUGGAUGGUAGCGACAAGCGGUUCCAUGUGAAGCGAGAUGGAAAGGCAGCGGUGCUCAAGAUAAGUCGCGUGGAGCUAACGGAUAGCGGGAAGUACGUCUGUGACUCGGGCUUUGAAAAAACAGUGCCACCUUGACCGUUACAGAGCUCCCUGUUACAUUUUCCAAAGAGCUGGGAGAGCUGUCGGUUGAGGAAGGACACGAGGCUGAGCUGACGUGUGAAACAUCUCGUGGAGACACUCCAGUCGUGUGGCGCAAGG